UCUCUUUUUAUACCAUCCUGGGUAGACUUCGCCAUGGCAGGAUUAAGAGCACACAAGAGGCUGCCCAUGAUAGCAGCGUUCUUACUCGUGGCAUUCCUGUAUCUCAAGAAAGGAAAACAACUUAGGAACUAUGAACUCUUUCUCCCGCACCAAGAACCCAAAGAGGUGUGGAAUGUACUGGCAGAUUUUAGCAACAUAGCGCAAAUGAAUACCAGAAUAGACCACUGGGAGUUACUGGACCUGAUAGAAUCGCCGGACCACUGGAGCUACCGUUUGGUCACCUACGAGGGCAUGGUGGGCCAGUGGCUGUUCGGUCUGAAUGAGAAUCGUGGUGAGAUGCUAGCGGAGCCUGUCUCGCCUCCCGACCACUACUACAUACAGGAAUCCUACCUCACUACGAGCCUCCGUGGUCUGCUGCUCAUCAAGAAUCACGGCAUCACGAACAUCCGCCGCAGCCAGCAGGAGGGCCAGCCGGGCACGCUAGUGGUCUUGGACACCGGCAGCGACUGUCCACUGUUGUUUCACUACGUGUGUGUCAUCGAGACUGAUCUCAACAGACGUGUUUUCCUAGCAAACCUUCGCGAGUGGUUUGAUAAGAAGUAAGGUGCCGCGGCCUAUUCAGUUAGACUAAUCAAUGUAUCUUUAAAUGUUAUGUGAUUCGAUGUGUUGUGCAAUUCAGUGUAAAAUGCGUUUAUUAAUAAAUGUAAGCUCUUC